AUGAACAACGACCUCUCCCGCAUCACGCCAGAGACCUACCUCCUCCCGUACUGCAUUUGGUGCCCUUCCGUGCCACAUCCGUCCACUUGCCUCGAGCUUCUCCGGCGCGUUCCGGCGAUGAAACCCGCCGUUGCGCGGGUCUGCAUCCUAGCCGAUUACGCAGAAACAUGGGACAAGAUUGACACAGAUCCAGAUGUCAAUCUGAUGAGCGAUGCACGCGAGAGCCAUAACCCGAAGUACCUCCGCGAUCUGGAGUCUAAAAUCGAGGAGCGUGGCUGUGUUGAGCUCGACGACUACUCGAUAGAGCAGGUUGAGCCGCGGCAUCGCAUGUUCGAGCACACUGCAACCACCAUCGUCCCCAAUGUAGCCUGGAAUCCGGCCGCUGACGAUGAAGGGGUUUCGUAUAACGGGAGACGGGUCAAUAUGUCUCAUAUCGAAGUGAGCGUGGCGCUAUCAGAUGGAAUAAAACAGUGGUGCAAAGAGCUUUGGGACCAGCACAAUGUUCAUCUUAACCUUGAUGAAUACUACGACUACGGCGGACCAAAACGACUCAUCCAAGCCCACACCAUCACAAUAACCUUUGGAGCAGCUUUUCAACCAACCGUCGUGUAA